AUUUCAUACACAUUGUUUCUGAAGCCGAGUUUUAAUAAUUAAACAUGGACGCACCCACUGAUCAUUUGUCAACUGUAAGGCAUGUUAUUCUCGUGUUGUCAGGAAAAGGUGGAGUUGGCAAAAGCACAGUGGCAUCUCAACUUGCUUUGGGACUGAAGCAUGCAGGGAAAAAGGUUGGUUUGUUGGAUGUAGAUCUAUGUGGUCCAAGUGUGCCCAAAAUGUUUGGACUGGAAGGUCAUGAUGUCCACCAGUGCCCAGAAGGCUGGUUGCCUGUGUAUGUGGACAAGGAACAACAGCUUGGCGUUAUGUCCAUUGGUUUCCUCAUAGAAAACCGUGACGAUGCUGUGGUAUGGAGGGGACCAAAGAAGAAUGCCAUGAUAAAGCAGUUCCUGAGUGAUGUGGUGUGGCGUGACAUAGACUACCUGGUUAUAGACACGCCUCCUGGCACGUCCGAUGAACACAUUGCGGUCAUAGAGGGCCUUAAAGCUUACAAUCCAGAUGGAGCUCUACUCGUUACAACACCUCAGGGAGUUGCCAUUGGUGAUGUGAGAAGGGAACUAACAUUCUGCCGUAAAACAGGAGUACCUAUCCUGGGUAUUGUGGAAAACAUGAGCGGAUUUGUCUGCCCUUGCUGUGGGGAGGUGACCAAUGUGUUUUCCAAGGGAGGUGGCGAGGCUUUAGCCAAGCAAGCACAGGUCCCAUUCCUAGGCUGUAUCCCGUUGGACCCAAACUUGGCAGCGUCCCUGGAGGAGGGUAAGGAUUUCCUGCAGCACUACAAGGCCUCACCCACGUUCUGUGCACUCGACACAGUCAUAAAGAAGCUCAUACAGGUCGAUAGAGACUUCUAGUGGAACAGUUAACAUUCAUUAGCAGUGAAGCUACACUAGAAAUGAUCAUAAAUGUGCUGACCCAGCCUAGAAACAUGUCUAGAAUGUGUGCGUGUGUGUCAUACUAUAAUGUUUUCAUAGCAUUUCUGUGGUAAAAGAAUAUACUUUAUCAGGGACUUCCCCUUAAAAUGUUAACAUGCAACCAAUGCUGGGCAUGGGUGUGGUGGUGGAGGAUACCCCUUAGGUGUUUUGAACAAAUUGAGAAUUAAAACUAAAUGGUAUAUUCUGGCACUAUUAAGUUAGAUUCAUUUCAAGAAUCUUCUGCGUUUUUCUUUUAACAUAAAACCUGAAUAAUAGCACUCAUCCACCCAUGUCUCAAACAAACUUGCAAAUCUGCUCACAGUUAUAGUCUUAAGGACUCUAGCCACAUCUCCUAGUGACCAUUGUAAUUACAUGUACAUGUUGCUUCUGCUCCCCUCAUCGAAAUUUGUGUGCCUAUGCUCUUAAAUAUAUGCCUAAAUUGUGACAUGGUUAAUUUAUUUUCUGUUUUGAUUGCACCAAAUUCCAUUUUUUCCAUUUCUGUACAUUUGCUUUAUUUUAAUGACGGUUUAAUUUCUGUAAUUUUUUCUGGAAUCCUUUGAGUUACGAAAUGAGUCAAAACCAGAAAACCGUGAAUAAGGACAUCAUGGAAUCAAUCCUAUGUACAGUACUUCUUUGUUUUAUUUUUUAUGUCAGCAAUAUUGUUAACAAUCUAUCAUCAUGUUUAACCAUUCAAUUUUGAGUGCCAUAUCCUAAAUGCCAGGAAGUUGAAUGUAAGUGGAAAUCAAAAAAAAUAUGAUCUGCCGUAAUACAGGAAUAUAUAUUUCCUUCAGAUUUUUUGUCUUGUAUCAUUCUUUAUUAAUGAUGUAUCUAUUUUUUGUCAAAUAAUGUUUGCUGUAUCUGUGAUAUAUAAGGCAUGUAAACCUGAUCAUCUAUGUAUAAUUUUUGCAGAUUGAUAUUAUAUUUGUAUUCUUUGUUCUAGUAUACUGAAUAGACAUUUUAAUUUGCAUUUUUUAUGAGUUUUUAUCUAUGGGAGUGCAGUCCGUGUUUGUGUUUUUUUUUGAGUUGUAAAACUGCAACACUGAUUUAUUAAGCAUGGUACAUAUAAAAGGCUUAUUUGAUAUUUCAAAGGCUGUAAAUAAAGGUAAUAAUCUGAUUAUAGAUAAAUUAACAUAAUUGUUAGA